AGUUCAGAUCGUGACACCGGCACUAAUAAAAGACUACACAACAUUAACUGUGUGUGUAUGUAAGCGGCUCACUGUUUCUAACAUGUUGUAAAUGGAAAUGUCGGACGGCAACAUUCUGUUGUAACCAGGAGUCCUACUUAUUCAACCUUCGCGCCAUUUUAGGUCACUCGCUUUCGUGGGUCACGAGCGGCGCGCGACCCGAGGACGCUGCGAGAGAGAGUACGCAGCUCAGUUGACAGGAGAGGUCGGCGCGAGACCAACAGAUGGUUCAGCAGGCCACGCCUGGUCAUCAUGGUGCUCCAUAGCUGAAAACCUCGUUAGUGGAGGGAAGUCCUCAAGUUGUUAAGACAGAUGAGCAUGGCAGACGACGGCCGCCACACUCCUGGCCUUGACCACUGGGGGGACAUCACAGUUGUGGCUGUGUACUUCGUUCUGGUACUGGCUGUGGGCUUGUGGACGCUGUGUCGACCCAACCGUGAAAGCAUAUCCGGGUACUUUCUUGCCGGGCGCAACAUAAAAUGGUGGCCGGUGGGGGCGUCUUUGUUCUCCAGCAACAUCGGCUCGGAGCACUUUGUAGGCCUGGCAGGGACCGGAGCUGCUGCGGGAAUCGCCAUGGUGAUGUAUGAAUGGAAUUCUAUGUUCCUGGUGAUUCUGCUUGGCUGGCUGUUUCUUCCAGUCUACAUGUCAGCUGGGGUAUUCACCUUACCUGAGUACAUGGGCAAGCGAUUUGGAGGAACGAGGCUGAGAGUUUACCUCAGCUGUCUGUCGCUAGUGCUGUACAUCGUCACCAAACUGGCGGUGAGUAUCUAUGCCGGGGCACUGUUCAUCAAACUGGCGCUGGCCUGGGACAUGUACAUAUCUGUAGUGGGGCUACUGGCUAUCACUGGCCUCUACACUAUCUUGGGUGGACUGGCUGCGGUGAUCUACACCGACACCUUCCAGACGGCGGUCAUGACAUGUGGUGCUGUCGUCCUCUCAGUUAUCAGUUUCCAGAAAGUGGGCGGUUAUGAUGCGCUGCGUCAGCGCUACAUGGAGGCUAUCCCCGCCAGUCGCCCUAGCAACACGUCCACCUGCGGGGUGCCACCCGCCGACGCCUUCCACAUCUUCCACUCGCCACUGAGUGACGACAACCCAUGGCCUGGCCUCAUGCUGCAGUCCAGCCUCGGCUGCAUGUGGUACUGGUGCUGCGACCAGGUGAUCGUGCAGCGCUCCCUAGCGGCCAAGAACCUUACGCACGCCAAAGCAGGCUCCAUCAUGGCGGGCUACCUAAAACUGACCCCGCUAUUCUUCAUGAUCUUCCCCGGCAUGAUUUCCCGUGCUCUCUUUCCAGACUCGGUGGCAUGUGUCGAUCCACAAGCCUGUCAGCACUUUUGUGAAAAUGCCGUCGGCUGUUCCAACAUCGCCUACCCAAAGCUGGUACUUGAGCUACUUCCGGUUGGGUUACGCGGUCUGCUAAUGGCGGUGAUGCUGUCUGCCAUCAUGUCAUCAUUGACGUCCAUCUUUAACUCCUCCUCCACGCUGUUCACCAUGGACCUGUGGCGCCGCCUGCGCCUCACCGCCACGGAGCGCGAGCUCCUCAUCGUGGGCAGGUUCUUUGUGCUUAUCUUAUGUGUGGUGGCCAUUCUGUGGAUCCCACUGGUUAAGUCUUCGCAAGGAGGACAACUCUUUAACUAUAUCCAGGCCGUGCAGGGUUAUCUUGGUACUCCUAUCGGAGCUCUUUUCAUCCUGGGAGUUCUGUGGACGAGAAUGAACGAAAGAGGCGCCUUCUACGGGACGAUGGUGGGACACACCUGUGGGGUCAUACGCAUGGCCCUCGAUUUCACCUUUCCUGCCCCGGGGUGCGAUCAGAUGGACAGCCGCCCACGGGUUCUGUCAGCUGUACACUACACCUACUUUGGAGUGCUGAACUUCUUCAUCACAGCCAUCGCUAUCGUCGUCUUCAGCUACACUGGCAAGAAACAGACAGAUGAACAGCUGCGAGGUGUCACAUGGUGGACCCGCCUGGACAAGCUUAAGGAGACCUUUGACAAGGAGCCUGACGAUGACAUGAACAGAAAUAACCACGAAAUGAAUAUAGCAGACGAUAAUCAAGCCAACCAUCAGCAGAACGACAUCGACGAGGACAGUGAAGGCAGGUGCCAUCGAUGGUUUGACGUCAUAUGCGGAAUUCCCAGUGCGCAUGCGCGGUCUCGCACUAGACCGGAAAUAACGGAGGAGCAGAGACUGGAGUUCCUGUACGAAAAACCCAAGUGGGUGAAGAUCUUGAACAUCAACGCUGCCAUAGGGAUGACAGUGAUGGCGUUUCUCACUGGAUUCUACCGCUGAAGAUGUGUCCUGCGGGUGUGGUCUUCAUGUGCUGUGGGUCAGUUUAUUCCUCGACAGGGGAGUUGUUACAGAAAUGCUUCUUUUAUUUCUCACAAUUGAGUCAGUCUUUUUUUUUUUUUUGGUUCAUUUUAGUCAUCGAAAACAAUUUAUUCAUAACACUACAUAUACAGAACGACAGAAAGAUAUAAUCAUUUUCUCCGCCAUGUACUGGAGCAGGAAAAGACUGGACGUGUGGAAAGUGUGGCAUGGUUGGCUGUUAGGAAAAUGCCUCCAACUAGCAAUGUUUUUGUACUACGAUAGAAACGGGAGGAAAUUGGAGCACUUCUCUCACCCUGAAUGGCAGUUCUGUGAACAGGAAUCCUCCCAUGGAGAAAUACAUAUUCCCCGAGACGAAAUCCUCCAUCGAUCUGCACUAUCAUCAUGGACAUGUUUGAUACAAGUUUGUGCUGUGAUUGUACCCAACGAACAUCCACAUCAUAACAUCAGACACGUGUAGCUCGAAAUUCGAUCUGCAGUAUGUGAAAAUUGUUUUAAUGCAUAUAUUUUUUCUUGAUUCAUUAAGUUUAGGAAUUGGCUUGUUCGUGGCUAGAGAUAUUAGUCCCACAGCCUAGAGUGCUGUAAGGGCAGUGAAGCAAAGUAGUUUUAGGGUCUUCCGCCUCGUUUAGCUCCCCUUAUAUAUAUAUACAUCAGAUAACCAGUUUGGUUCAGCUUACCAGCCACAGACCUCGAAUCAAUAAAUAAUUGCACUAACCACCAACCCGUUACCGCCCCCAACCCCUCAUAGAGAAGAAUAGAGGAACGAUGAAAUAGAGGUUGAUAUUAAUCAUUUUAUUGCUUUAAGCGGAUAAAAAAAAAUUUUAAUUGCCAGAAACUGAUAUUGAACUUUAGUUAAAUCAUCAUUACAUUGAUAUUAAAAUUUUCAAUAAUCACAAUUACAUUUAUAUUGAAACGUGCGCAGGAAGUAUGUAUAGCGCAUAUUGUAAGUAAAACAAGUUUUUAAACAAAA